CCAUAGCGGCACAACACCUACAGUUUCUUUCAUUGUAAAGCACGGCGGGAAAAAUAGCUGCUGUGAUGUACUGUUCUGUUGGAUUACGUUUUGUAUCGAUAUUAUAACUCCUGGCUGGAUCAAUUCUCACAUCCAUCUGGUUCCAAGUACGUUUGUUUCGUCUGUAUUCUACGUUGCCUUAUGUCAAUUUAAACGUUUCAUUGCGUAUCUUAUCUGCGUUGGUUACCGCCAUGUUGAGUGACUUUCUGGUAGGCCCAGACGAAAAUGUGGCCAGCGCAUUAUCUCCGUUGACUCAUUGAAGGGUACCUCCACUGCAACCUGUUUAAUCUAAAGCUUCAACCAAGUGCAUCAAGCCCACUUCCACGAUGGCUGACGAACUGAUGAGGGGGUACAGAGUUCAGCUGACCACAACGAUGGACUCUGUGCUAAGGACAGCUUUGUUUGAAGUAAUGAAGAUUUUUGAAAAUGCGUUACACGAGCAAAAGGUUCAGCUGGCGCAGAAAGCAGCAGAGAUUUCUCAACUCAAAGUAAAGCUGCGGAGAGCCGAGCUAAAGCUGAAAGACCUUCCUUCUGACUGUCCCAAACAAGCAGAGACACAGACCCAAGUUUUCUCAGAUGCCUCGGCACUGGCUCCUGCAGUUGCUCAGGGUGAUUUUAAAGGAUCUUAUGAACACUGUGCUCCACUUGGCUGUGAGACUGGGACCCAGAAAGAAGAGGGUCUGUACCCCAACGUGAAGCUGCGCCCAUUUUCCAUUCAACUGAGCCAAAUUCCUGUCAAGGCAGAGGCAAGUAACUAUUCCAUCCACCUGAAGAGAAAAGGGCACUCCAAAACAUCUGGUAAGUUUUCUGGUGCUAAUGCAGAGUUGGAGCAUGGCCUGAUCAGAACGAAGUUGAACUGUGAUCAACAGAAUCAAAGACAACAAAAGCCGAUCAAAAAAGAUAUGUACAAGCUUCUAGAGGAAAAUCGCCGCCAACACUCUGAUAUUUUAGAUUUGGCGCGCCUUCGAACCAGAAAUAAAAGUGAGACAACUUUACCAAAGAAAAAUCCAAGUGAUCAGAGCAACUCUGCAGACAAAGAUUCAAAGUCCACUGGACCCAAUGUUGUGGAAAACAACCCCACAUUUUUUUCCUGUAUGUAUUGCAACAAGAAUUUCACUACAAAAGGUGGCUUAAAAACACACAUACGUUAUCACAAAACAUGCCAAGGCUGCAGAAAUGUCUUUCCUUAUGUGGAAUUCACCAAUGUACAUAAAAAGUCAUGUAAAAACUACAGGAAAUUGAUGAAGAAUGAAGCCAAAAACUCGACAAACACCCAUGAGGAAGACAACGUACCUGCUCUUAGCAGAAGUCAAGUUACCAUCAAGGAGGAGCCCAUGGAGACCUCUGUUAAUCCCACCAAUGCUUUGCCUGUCAGGCACUUAUGUCACAUCUGUAACAUCAAGUUUAAAUUAAAGGCCAAGUUUGACAAGCACAUGCGGCAUCAUACUUUAAACACAUGGCCCUGCAGCAUGUGUUCAAGAUUAUUCUUCAGCCUCGGGACACUCAAGUGCCACAUGACAAGAGUUCACAAAGACCCCUCACAUUUCUUUGAUGCAAACGGAGACCUGGGAUGGACUAUGCCUUUAGAGGAUUUUGAAGACAGUUAGCAAGUUGAUCUCUAGAGUGAACCCACAUUUCAAAAUGGAUCAGUUAUUUAAAAGUCACCUCAUAGAUUGAGUCUGACAAAAAAAUGAAAAUCAGACGACAAACACAAUGCAUAAUUGGUGUUUUUAUUUUAUUUUUCUGUCCAUACAAAAGACAAACAUAAUCAGAGAGAUGUUCUAAAGAGUUCCAUGAUUUUCAAGAUGCCAUCAUCCUGUGACUCCCACCAUAAUGAGCAAGAGACGAUCCUGCUCUAAAAUACAAAAGCAGGGCAUCACUUCAGCACAACUAUCAGGAAGUGGACCAGCAGAAGAUUUUAUACAUCUUUGGAUAUUAAUGCACUUCAGCUAGUCAUUGGCUUCCCUUCCCAUUUAAGCUAAAGUCAUAUAAAGAUGAAUAUACUUCAUAAUAGUUUCACGUGUUUAAACAUUGUUCAGUGAAGUCAGUAAGUGAGGUCAUUUUUUUACCCUUUCAACCUUAAACAACUCCGGGCUCUUAGCAACUCCACCCCAUUUAUGAACCAAUAUGAAAUGAAGCAGAAUGGCAUCAAACAUUCUGGAUAUAUCCAGAAGACCUGUCACAUGUAUUUAAGUCUGCUUGGACAACAGUAGUCUAGAAUGACAUUAGUCAAACUGAAGAAUCCUCUCUUAGCAGUUAAAUGUCAAGUUUUCAACAUGUUUGUCUUUUUUAAUUAACUAUCUUGUUCUUUUUUAACUAAACAUAAAGAUUUAGUCACUGCAGGGAUACAGUUGGACAUUUCUGGAAUUAAACUACAUUAUAUCUUCCUAAAUGACCUUUAAUGGAAUAAAAACUUUGAAUAUAGUUUUACUGCAGUGGUUAGACACUGUUGCUUUGCAGCAAGAAGGUUGCUGGUUUUAAAACCCCCCUGUGAGGCAUUGUGGUGGUAAAUAAGCCUGUUCUUUCCAUGCUUCUUCCCACAGAGCAGAAACCUUCGUGUUGGCUCAAUGGAUACUCUUAAUUGUUCCUAAGUGUGGUUAAAGGUUAAUAUUAAAACGACAAGUUAUGGGUGGUUUGACCAAUGGUAUUCAUGUUGUGCAUUGUUUGUUUUUGUGUUUAUACAUUUAUUAAGAGUUUUAUGUUUUUUGUGUUCCAGCUUUAUGCGUUGACGUACUUUUACUACAAAGUUCAAUUUGAUACCAGCAUCACACAGAAAAGAUUAGACAUCUUUACCUCGCAUUACAUCAUUAGAAUAUUUUACUUGGCAGUUUUCGCUUUCAUCUUUUUAAAAGGAUUUAGGUUUGCCGAUUUGUUUCAUCCAACUUUGACCUUCCUCAGAUGUCAACACUUAAACCUCGUAGAAUCUUCCAGAACACUUGAAUAAAUUAAGUUUUUGUAUUGCUUCAAUUGGUUUAUGGCAUCAAAUUUACAAAUUGGUUGCUUAUAAUUUGUUAUAGAUGGGUGUUUUAAUCAAAACUGGAUUUUCUGGUAAACAUGUUUUGUAAUGUUGGGGCAAAAUGUUCCUUUUUAUUGUGUAGCUGCGAACAACCCAACUUUUUUGUGAUUGAGCUUGUAUGUUGCUGUAUAUUGGGCAUGAAUUUUCCAAUUUUAUAAUAAAAUUUACAAAAUGUU